CGAAGAAGAAGAGGAAGAAGGAGAAGAAGAAGAAGAAGAAGAAGAAGAAGAAGAGGAGGAGGACCAUGGCUGACAGUGGGGCAAAGCCCCUUCAAUACGCUAUGAAAAUGGCGAAAGUCGCGAUCCAGCUGGACGGAGAGAGCGAACACCAGCAGGAAGCUUACUGUGAAUACCUCCGGACCAUCAACUACAUAUCACGUGCACUUUUGGAAGAAGCUGAGGCACAAACUUCGGAGGAGGGCGAUGCGGCCGCGGUGGAGGGGGAGCGGAUGUUGAGGCUGGCUGAGCAGUGUCUGGAGCGAGCAAAGUCAUUUAUAGGGAAGAGAGCUGACCCCCCUAACCUCUCUGCAUCCGUCUCCGCUUCCUUUACCUGUUCACCUGGCCAAUCAGAGCCCCGUCAGGAUGCACACCUCCCAGCCCCCACUGCUGCAAACUCUGUCCCUCCAUCUGAUAGUCCUGUUGACGCAGGGCGUAGAGCGACCAGCCCAGCAAAGACCAGUCAGCGCAGGGUGAUGUCAGAUGGCAGCGCAGAGCCCUCCCCUUUCCUGCCUCCUGACGUCUUCCACAGAAUACAAACAGUGGAGUCACAAGACACCAGCACAAAGGAGCUGACACCCAUAGAAGAAGCAUCACGUUUAAACCAGAAGUUGAAAGCCAAUUAUGAAGCUCGUCUGGCGAGGCUCCCACCUGGUCAGGCCUACCAGAAGACAUCGUUGACGCUCUGUCUCCAGCGGCAGAUGAUGGAGAACCUCAUUAUUGCCAAAGCCAGGCAGGAUGCUCUCCAGAGGAAGAUGGAGGAGAGAAGACUAAGGCUACAAGAGGAGGCCAACAGGAGAUUUGCAGCAUCUGGGGCCAUGACUGCAGAGGAGCAGGAGCAGCGUGUUCUUUAUACAAAUGUACUGGAAUAUGAGCAAGACCAUGAUUGGCCCAAACUGUGGAAAGCUAACAUACGGAAGAAUCCUGAGGAUGUCGCUUUAGUGUCAGGUCUAGUCUCCUACCUGCUCAGCCGGUCUGACCACCCAGUGGUGAAGCUGCUGAGGAAACACCAGUACCGGGUUUACAACAGGCUCUACCCUAUCGUCAGUAAACGCCUCCCCCAGAGUCCUGCCCUGCCACUGAGGUCUUCUUGCAGCGCUCACAACCUGCUUCAUCCAGAUAGCGAGACAAAGCCAACCAGGUGCAGUAGCGUUGGUGGCCAGAGCUUCAGCACCGGCUCGUCGCUCUCCCCCUCGCUCUCUCACAACCUCCACACCAACUAUGACAAUGAGGAAGGGGAGGAGCCUCAUGCACAGGUGACAGUGGAUCGGGAGAACUCGUUUGAAGACCUGGAGCAGUUCCUGACCCAGUUGGACUGGGCCCCGCUCUACGGCAGCACAGAUGACACUGGCUCGGAUUCAGAGCUGACCUGGGAUCCCUCGACGCAGCCAGAGCAGGAUGAGGCAAACAUCCAGGAGCUGGAGAUGAGAGCACUGACAGAACACCUGAAGGCCGUUGUUAAAGACAUUCAUAUUGCUAUCGACCAGCUUCUGUCACUGUGUAUGUUAUCCUUUGAGUGUCUAAACACAGCCAGCUCCAAAGACCUGUGCCUUGUCAGCUUAGAGGAAGCCUUCUUCACGCCCCUCUGGAGCGCCCUGUUGGCUCUUUUCAGGAGGGUCCACAGGGAAAAGGAGCAGGCCUUUGAGAAAAGUAUGAAGCUGUACCGGGAUAUUUCACCAGGAGAUGUUGGUGUUCCAUUGAAACUGUUCCCCAAAGACCCUGGCACACUGCAGGGUUCCUACCCCUACGAGUCUGCUGUUCAGGAACUUAAGCUUCUCAUCAAAGACUGCUGUCCACAGAAGAAGUUAGAAUGUAUUGUUAGGACAUUACGUCUGAUCUGUGCCUGUGCUGAGGAGUACAGGUGUCUUCAUGAGGUGGACUCCGCACCAAAAACAGCCGCCAUUGGUGCAGAUGACCUGUUGCCCAUCCUGUCUUUCGUGGCUCUGCGGUGCCAGUGUCCUCAGCUGGUGUCUGAAUGUGCUGCUUUGGAGGAGUUUAUUCAUGAAGGCUAUUUGAUAGGAGAGGAAGGCUACUGUCUGACCUCCAUGCAGAGUGCCUUGGCCUAUGUUGAGUCGUUGUACACAGAAGAAACGCCGCUUCCUGCAGAAAGCCCCGUUUGAAAAAGGCUGUUCUGACGGUUCAUCCUACAUUUCCCGCUGCAAGAGAGACAGCAGCGGAACCUGCAACUCCCUGCAAGUUGUGCAGGCGCAUGGUAUCUUGUACACACAAACACACCGACAUAUUGUAUAUUUAAGGAUUUCCUUUUCACACCAAGGACUAAACCUGUGACUAUGAGUUGGGUCCAACCAAGUCAGAAGCUGGGCUUUGCUGGGACCUCUAAAGUACAAAAUGUAAAGGAUUGCCACAUUAACUAGCACUGGAUUUUUAAAGGGAUUGGAGUUGUCUUAGGGAACCUUUGGAUGUGAAGUCAUGGAUACUAUGAAUGCUUACAGAAGAAAUGCUUACUGCAACAUGGUUUACUAAUGAGGGAAUCUACUGAAUUUGUUUUUCAUUUUGGAGGUACGAUUACGAUUUUUCCCUGAGCAAAGUAGCCAAUCGUGUGUGCUUUGACGAAUAUUUUUCUUUCUUACAGUAUGGUAAUAGCAUUUCAUAGAAAAUCCUUUGGAAAACAGUUUCAAGCCAUGUUCCCUGUAGCAUUUUCUGUUCUUGUUUAAAAAAAAAAAAAAAAAAAGGCAUGCAAACUUAUAAUUUAGACUGUGUGCCUGUGUGCAUGCAGUUUUUUUCUUUUUAAGACCGGUUGCAAAAUCCGUCCUCAGACUAUGAAUAAAAAAAUAUGAAUUUAUGCACUUUGGGUGUUGAAGCAUACAGGGGUAAGCUACACUGGAUGAUGGCUUUGAGUUUAGACAGUAUCUAUUUGAAGACAGACUCGCCUCGGGGGGGGAGGGAUUUCAGAGAUGCCAUCUUAAACCAAUGUUAGACAGUGGGGGAGCACAGGAUGAGAAGUCCAGCUGACAGUCCCUGUUUAGAUUUAACAGCAUGGUGGCAUUAAGUGUGGCAUAACGGACUAUAAUUAUGUAGUAAUUGUGCGUGUGUGCGGCCGCGCCUGCCACAGGGCAUUUAUCUUUUAAUGCCAAGUUUCAAAAUCCCCAAACUCCAAAGGAAAGCUAACCAGUAAACCCAUUUUCACAGCUGAUUUUUACCAAGUUCCUAAUGCUUCCCUUUACGCUACAAUUGCCCCAAAUCCACCAAAGAAUGGGAGCCAUGUGGCAACCAAUUUGUUUGGAAAUUAAAAUGGGAAAUCUUGAGGCGCUUAAAAAUGAUCACACGUAUGGUUUCAAAGAAAUUCUCAUGUUGAUUGGAUGUGAUUGGAUGACCUUGUUAACUGAUAUUUGACAUUUUCUAUAAAGUCCUUGAAGCUGUUUGGUUUUAAGCAAAUGCAGAGUCAGUGUUUUCCUAAAAGGGCCUGGUGGUGGUGUUGCAUUUUUUAAGCCGGUUGCAAAUCAUGUCUUGAGUGACCGUUCUCCAAAGCAUGCAGUUUUUUAACUUGCUUUUAAGUCUUGAGUGUGCAUUCGUCCCUUCCAGGCAGCCAUUGAUUUCUAUUCAUUUUACCAGCUUGUACAAAUAACUUCUGGAAACUUUACAGUUUUGAAUCGGUCCCUAUUUGUGUCCAAGUUGUGUUAUGGUUGCAGUACUACUAAAGUCCACUACUACUACUAAACCUCAAAAUGAAUUGAAAGUGCCUUUGUGGCACAUUCUUGUUCCCCAGUUAAAUCUGGACUGGCAAUUAACUUGUACUUAAUGUGUAAUAAAUAGGCGGCUAAAAUAUGCAAACAUAUUCUUGGUUUGUGUUUUAAAGACACACCUGAAGCAGACAUGGAUCCGGUGUCACAGCCUGAAAAAGUACAGUUUUUGAAAUUGUCGUUUGUUUGCUUAUAUUUUAAGAUUUUAUUUUCCAUGGGUCCAAAAGAUGUGAAAAGAUGUCCCAAGAACUGUUUUGAACUGUUAAGAACAGAGUUAUGUCAAUAUAACAGUUUUACUGUGAAAUGUUGGGAAUAUGUGACUGGUGAAUGUGUGUUUGAGAGAUGGGUCAAUAAAGAGAGCAAUAUUUAAAUCAUUUAA